GUGAAGUUCACAUAUCUAUGAGCAGAUCUUAUUUAUAGUGAAAGUCAUAACUAGUGUUACGUUUUAUCAAUUUUUUUUGAUUGAUAAAAAGAAGUUUGCGUUUCUUUAAAUGACAAGUUAUCUAAAUCAAAACAGUGACAAACAGUGCAAAACAGUGUUGAAAUAGUGUCAAAACAGUAAAAUUUACCUCUUGGUAAAUGUAUUUUCUUUAAAUGUGUGUAAUUUCUUUAUGGGAUGAAGGGAGUAUGAUUUUAUUUAAAAAGUGAACAAAUGUGAUGGUAUGUAAAAAAGUGAAAGGGAGAUGGAAAUGUUGGCAUAUAAGGAUUAAGGAGGGGCAGAUGAUUGAAUUGUAGGUAGCAGACCCAUCGUCCAUCCACUCAGUCACUAGACUACAGCAGUAGCCAAAGCGAAAGCGAGAGCUAAGAGAGUGAAGAUCUAUCAGAAUUGAAGAUUCUUCAAUUCCAAAUCAUUCAUCAUCAAUUAGCUAGCAAGGUACGUGGGGAUCGAGGAGAGGAUGUUCGUGGAGAGGUUUAAGGUGGAGAGCCCCAACGUUGUGUACGGAGAAGGGGAGAUACACUCUGUUUACAACUACGAGACGACGGAGAUGGUGCAUGAAGCGCAGCGGGACCAGUGGGUGGUCAAACCCAAGACCGUGAGGUACGAGUUCAAGACCGACACUCGGGUCCCCAGGCUGGGGGUCAUGCUCGUCGGCUGGGGCGGCAACAACGGCUCCACCCUCACCGGCGGCGUCAUCGCCAACCGGGAGGGCAUUUCCUGGCCCACCAAGGAUAAGCUCCAGCGCGCCAAUUUCUUUGGUUCCCUCACCCAAGCUUCCUCUGUCAGGCUCGGCUCUUUCCAUGGCGAGGAGAUCUUCGCCCCUUUCAACUCUCUUCUUCCCAUGGUGAAGCCGUCAGAGAUAGUGUUUGGGGGGUGGGACAUAAGCAAGAUGAACAUGGGAGAUGCGAUGGCGAGGGCGAAGGUGUUUGAAAUAGAUCUGCAGAAGCAGCUGCGGCCGUACAUGGAGUCGAUGGUCCCUCUCCCGGGCAUCUUUGACCCUGAUUUCAUUGCGGCCAACCAAGCCUCCCGUGCUGACCAUCUCAUCCCAGGAACCAAGCAACAACAAGUCCAUCAGAUCAUCAAAGACAUCAAGGAGUUUAAGGAGAAGAACAAGGUAGAGAAGGUGGUGGUGCUAUGGACUGCCAACACAGAGCGAUACAGCAAUGUGAUAUCUGGGCUGAACGAUACAAUGGAAAACCUGUUGGCUGCCUUGGAAAGAAAUGAAGCAGAGAUUUCCCCGUCUACCCUUUAUGCCAUAGCCUGUGUCAUGGAGAAUGUUCCUUUCAUCAAUGGAAGCCCACAAAACACCUUUGUGCCUGGGCUUAUUGAUUUUGCUAUCAGGAGGAACAGUUUGAUUGGUGGAGAUGACUUCAAGAGUGGGCAGACCAAAAUGAAAUCUGUUCUGGUAGAUUUCCUGGUUGGGGCUGGUAUCAAGCCAACAUCAAUAGUGAGCUACAACCAUCUGGGUAACAAUGAUGGGAUGAAUCUGUCUGCUCCACAAACAUUCCGCUCCAAGGAGAUAUCGAAGAGCAAUGUUGUUGAUGACAUGGUUUCUAGUAACGGCAUCCUCUACGAACCUGGUGAACAUCCCGACCAUGUAGUCGUCAUCAAGUACGUGCCCUACGUCGGAGACAGCAAGAGGGCGAUGGAUGAGUACACCUCAGAGAUUUUCAUGGGCGGUAAGAACACCAUUGUUCUUCACAACGUUUGUGAGGAUUCACUUCUUGCCGCUCCCAUCAUCUUGGACUUGGUCCUCCUCGCUGAACUUUGCUCCCGAAUCCAGCUCAAAUCCCAAUAUGAGGCCAAGUUCCACUCCUUCCACCCUGUGGCUACCAUUCUCAGCUACCUUACCAAGGCUCCUUUGGUGCCACCUGGCACACCAGUGGUGAAUGCGCUGUCGAAGCAGCGGGCGAUGCUAGAAAAUAUUCUUCGGGCUUGCAUUGGGCUGGCACCAGAGAACAACAUGAUCUUGGAAUACAAGUGAUCUCACACACCAUCAUCUUGCACUGUGUAGAUGAUCAUCAAUUUGGUUGCGGUUCAACCCAUCCUCUCCUUUGUCUCUUAUGCUACUUUCAUCUUGUGUGAGAGCUAAUUAAUCUUCUGGUGUAAUUUAUGUCUCUAUCGCCUGGUGUUGUUAUACAACUCCCAGGCUCUAUGCAAAUCUUUUCUGCAUCACAUCGUAUUAAUCAUAUUGUAAACAUUAGUACGUGUAAAUAAACAGGUACGCUUCUUGUUUUAUUAGUUGCACUAAUUCCUUACACGCAUAGGAUUGUGUAAAUUAUAUUAGAUUCUCACUCUGCGAUGCACGAAACAAAUUUUAGUCAAAAGAAAUGCCAAAGUAUGAAUAUAAAUUCAAUAUGUGAAUAUCUGAAAAAAGAAUAACAAGUCAUAU